AUGAGCAACAAAUUCCUGGGCACCUGGAAACUUGUCUCCAGCGAGCACUUUGACGACUACAUGAAAGCUCUGGGUGUGGGGUUAGCCAACAGAAAACUGGGAAAUCUGGCUAAGCCCAAUGUGAUCAUCAGCAAGAAGGGGGAUUAUCUGACCAUAAGAACUGAAAGUGCCUUUAAAAAUACGGAGAUCUCCUUCAAGCUGGGCCAGGAGUUUGAAGAAACCACAGCUGACAACAGGAAAACCAAGAGCAUCGUGACACUGGAGAGAGGCUGCCUGAAGCAAGUGCAGAAGUGGAAUGGUAAAGAGACAACCAUAAAGAGAAAGUUGCUGGAUGGGAAAAUGAUUGUGGAAUGUAAGAUGAAGGGUGUGGUCUGCACCAGAAUUUAUGAGAAGGUCUGA